AUGACUCAGACUGGUGCAGGAGGUGGAGGUCUACCCGAACAGAUCGUCCUCCAGGAAACUGAAGGUAUGGGUAUCGAACUCAGUGGUGCACCUACUGGAUCUAUGUUUGCUAAUUUUGGUAAUCCGAUUCUGAUUCCGAUGUACAAACGUCUCUAUCCAAUAAGAUGUAUCUGCAUUAUUGCGCACGGAGAAGAGCAAGUGCUAGAUACACUAUCAACAAAUACGCAAGAGGAUGGUGUGGAUUUUGGUUAUAGUGGAUCUGAUGAGGAUAUCGCUCAAUCUUCGGACAUGCGACAGCGAAUAAUCGCAACUCAAUCAGAGGAGGCCCAUCAUCGUGCCAAACAACAAAUCAAAUUCGUAGCUGGUGUCAUCCAACGCGAACGACUUCCGGCAUUUGAACGUCUCCUAUGGCGUGCAUGUCGAGGGAACGUUUUCCUGAGGCAGUCCGAAAUUACAGAGCCACUGAGUGAUGCUGUCACAGGUGAUCCGAUCAACAAAACAGUUUUCAUUAUUUUCUUCCAAGGUGAUCAACUCAAAACUCGUGUGAAGAAGAUUUGUGAAGGGUUUGUUUGUUUUUCCGAGCAACGUUGUAUCCAUGCCCUGACA